GGCUCAUCCAGGUUAAUUAAGUGAUUUGCAUUCACAUCCCUAUAUAAACGAAUGAAAUGGAGAAGGUAUGAGUGCACCCUGCGCAUUGACAUUUAUAAAACUCAACUCCUCUUUUUCAAAUUUAAGAAACUCCUUUUGGGUUUUCGAUCCUUUUGCAAGAGAACCAAACUGUUACUAGACUCUUACGAUCUGUCUAUAUAUCUUUUUCGAAAUUACCAAAUAAAGAUGGGAAGAUCACCUUGUUGUGAUAAGAAUGGAGUGAAGAAGGGACCAUGGACGUCUGAGGAGGAUCAGAAACUCAUCGAUUAUAUUCGAUUUCAUGGUCCGGGCAAUUGGCGUACCCUCCCUAAAAAUGCUGGACUCCAAAGGUGUGGAAAAAGCUGUCGUCUUCGUUGGACCAAUUAUCUAAGACCGGACAUCAAGAGAGGAAGAUUUUCCUUCGAGGAAGAAGAAACUAUCAUUCAGCUACACAGUGUUAUGGGAAACAAGUGGUCCGCAAUAGCAGCUCGUUUACCAGGAAGGACCGAUAAUGAAAUUAAAAACCAUUGGAAUACUCACAUCCGCAAGCGACUUGUAAGGAGUGGCAUCGACCCUGUUACUCACUCCCCACGCCUUGAUCUUCUUGAUAUUUCCUCACUUUUAGCCGCACUUAUCAAUCAACCAAACUUUUCAUCAGUAGCAACACAUGCAUCGUCUCUGCUUCAUCCUGAUGUAUUGAGAUUGGCCUCUCUUCUCUUACCCCCUCAACAACCACUCCAGAACUUUAAUCCAAUUUACGCACCGAACCUCGACCAGAAUAUUCAAACUCCAAUCACAACGGUGUCGUCUCAAGACUCUCAGCUACAAGCCGAGUGUACAACUCCAGUAUCAAACAACGAAACUUCAUCUUUUGAUCCUUUCAUGAAAGCAAGACUUGAGGUCAGUCAUGAAGAUGUAUUACCACCUUUGGCAGAGAGUUUGGACUUAGAGUCACUCAUGUCAACGCCACAACAAAAUAGCAUUGAAGCAGAAGCCAACUCCAGCAGUUUCUUCGACUUUGGGCUUCCGGAUAAUUUUACCUUUGAGGACUUUAUGUUAAAUUAAUCAUCAACGUACGUAUGCAUAUCUCUGUUUCGAAAGGAAAAACGUAUGCAUAUCUCUAUAGUAUAUACACAUGUCUCUCUUUUCCCCACCUACGAUUCUUGAUUUGUUGCAUUCUUUUUUAUGAUUUAAUGUAUAAACUUAUUGCUGUUUUCUGUCAAAGAUUGAUAUAUUAUUCAAUAUUAAUUUUUUCAUUAAUGUGUAACAUAUUAAGGCGAGAUGUCUUAAAAUUUUUUCCAUAUAUACGCAAAGUAAGAAAGUAAACAUAUAAGCAUCAGCCACACUGUUGUCUAGCCUCAAGAACGAAUGAAACGAGCAACAAAUAACUUUGUUUCUGUUUUCUUUUUUCCCGAAAAUGAACACGGCUCUCUGUGAAGCGUAACGUUGUCAUUUUCACGAGUAAUGUUGGUAAUGGUGGGUAAGAAGUUGUUAAUUAGGUGCGUUGGUAAAAUUUAAUUAGGUGUGUUGGUAAAAGAAAAGGGGUGUUACGUUAAUUAGGCCCAAUCCAAAGUCCAUUUUGAAGCGCUUGAAGUUGUUUAUUUAACCCAAUCUAUGGCUUAUGAUCCGGAAGCCUUCAAAACAAAUUAUGCAAGUCUGAACAUGGUCAUCGUUCUAAAUUAAAAUGGACACUGAUAGAGUAAUAAUUCGAGGGACUAGUUUAGAUUUUGUAAAUAUAAAUGAUUGUUUUCUUUUUCAGUUCGAAGCAAGAGAUAAGUGUGGAACAGCCGAGUCUAAGUUUAGUCUUACAUAUAAAAUUUGAAUUUGAAGGACAGGUUAAAACCAGACGAUCGAGUCUCAGAAGUGCGUCAACACAUUGCAGAGUGCGCUUCUGACCAAACACAUCAAGAUCCCGCAGCCUGGUUCCAACUGAGACGCCAUCAUGUGUUUCUGGGGCAUUCGUCUUCAUUAGAUGAGCUUACUCUCUUGCCCCGCCGCUUUCAACGUCUCCUCAAGCUUCCGAAAUGUAACUCCGUGAAGAAUCUCGAGAAGGAAUGUCGGAACUCUUCUUACUCUGGUUGUACUAGAUGUCUAGAUGCCUCGGAGCUCUUCAAAAGGUUCGAUUAUUUUCAUUUAAGUCUAAUCCUUUUAUGUGCCUCUGUUUCAGGAAUCACUGCAUUUAAUAGAAGAACAUAAUCCUUAAAACCAUAUUAAAUGUUUCGUUUUCAUAUUCGUGACUCGUAUGACUUUCAUGUUUCAUAUAAAUAUUUUUCUUUAAAAACUUCUUUUUUUUUCAGCUCAAAGUAAAAGGAGGAAGCAAGAAGACGACGACAGAUAGAGAGAGUAAGAUGAUGGGGAAAGAUUGUCAGCUCAUGGGACUCACAUGGCUACUAGCUCGUAACAAAACGGUGUACAUUCCCACCGUUUCGGCUAAGAGCCAUUAUGUAUAGUACACACCCUCCUCACCUCAACAAGUGUAGACUGUGUAGUUGUAAAUGCUGUGCUCUUUUUUUCUUUUUUUUUUUGGUUUUGUAGCUCUAAACUGUGUUUUGUCUAAUUAAACCUUCUGUGACUCUGUCUUAGGUCUUGGAAUAUAAAAUCAUCUUGAGACUAGAAAGUUGUUAUAUUGGAUUGGACUAUAUAAGAUCCAUAUCAUGUGCACUUAGUUAUAAAAAAAGGGAACAUUUAAGUAGUCGAAUCCCAAGGACUACUAACUAAGAGCAUGUACAUCCAUAGGAGACUAUUAAGGGUUCUUAAGAAUAAUUAAGUAGUUAAUCUUGUGAUUUGAAAGGUUAAGAACCUUAGUUAGUCUAAUUUAUUUUUUUCCUCCUCCAAUGGGAGAACUUCAUUGAAGUUCUUAAUUUUUUUUUUAAAAAUGUUGAAUGAUUGGAUUUUAUAGGAUUGUAAAGGAAAAAUAUUAUAAGCAAAUGUAUCUCAAGAAGUUAUGUAGUUAUGUAUAAUUAUGUAAGCUUCAUGUUUUAAGAUUUGAAAAAUGAAAUGCAAAUGCUUAUCAGUUGAGUUUACACGAUCAGAACAUAAACAAUUGAAAUGCAAACGUUUAUCAGUUCAUACAAACAUUGCAACACAAGGAUCACUGAUGAAUACAAUGCAUAUCAGUUAAAACUCAAUGUUUCAACAGAAACAGAAGAUUAAACACACAAAUUGUGAUGAGAACAAAAACAAAACAUUAAAACACAGAUUGUGAUGAGAACAGAAACAACAACUAAACUACACCACAUAUUCUCAAUGUGAAGAGCCGGCAGCUCUGUCUUCUUUCCUGUCUUUAGCGAGAUCGAAGAGCGCGUAAUUGGAUUCAGAUCAUAGACUUUGAUGGUGAUGGAGAUUGGUUGGCAUUGAUCGACGAAGAGUCGAAGAAAGAGACAGGGAAGAGAGAGACAGGAAAGAGAGAGACAGAGAUCGAAGGAAGAGGAGACACGUAAAGGGUGUUUAGCAGCUCUUAAAAUCCCUUUCUAAGACCCCUUUCUAUAAUUUUUCCUAUUUUCUGAUUUAUUUUUUGGCCUUUUAAAAAAAAAAUAUCUCUUUAAAACUCCCCAAUAGAGCUGGUCUAAGUAUGUUGGUCGUCUCUACGAAUGCGAAUGCAUUCCUCCAAAGUCAAAUCCAAAAGGCUCUCACCCGUGCAAAAGGCUCCAAAAGUUGACGAAUUCUAAAAUCUCAGCGAUGUUUUGGUUUUUGAGUUUAAUCAUAUGUUCAUGAGAUUCCAUAAAAGAUGAUUUAAAAUCAAUUUUAAAAAUUUAAAAAUCUUUAAAAAUUAAAUAACAUUAGAUUCUAAACACUUGAUUUAAAUUAUUCAUUUAAUAACAUUAGAUUUUAAAAUAGAAUUUAGAAUUAUCAUUCGAAUAAUAGUGAUUUGUGUUUAGAUUUAAAUUCUAUUAAAAUACAUGAUCGAAUAAAACCCCUUUAAACUAGUAUUAUGGGAUGAAAUCAAUUAAGUACCAUGUAGUUUAAAAAGCAAAAUAAUUUGAAGAAAAAUGAAUACUUUUCAAAAUAUUUAAAUCAAAGAAUAUGGUAAGAGAUUCAUUAAACAAUAGAAAUUGUCAUUUCUUUAUUUGAUUUUUUUGUUCACAGAGAAAAUUCAUUAAUCGGUUAAACUUGGUUCGAUACAAUACCCCUAAGGGCUUGUUUAGCAAGACCAUUCUCAAAGGUUAGGUUCUCACGACGACUAAAUCGAAAAAACACAACAUCAAAAAAUUUUGUAAUCAACAUGUAGUUGUGUGUAAAUUAUCAAAACUACCAUGUUUUAAAUAUUUAAAAUCAGAGAAAUGCAGAAUAAAGAUCUGAAGCUUUGAACACUAAGGGAUUUGAACAUCGAACCCAAAUUUAUAUUCAAAUUUCAUUGGAAAAAAUGAAAGUAAAUAACCACAAAUACUAAUUAUGAACUAAUUUUGUGUUUUUAGCGUUUCAUCGAUAGCAUCGCUUUUGAAUUGUCAUUCACUUAAGCAAUUCAUUGGUUUUUAUUUAUUUCAGUUGCAUAAGAUCAUUAUAGUGUGCAACGAGUGACUAAUGAAUCGUACCGCUGAAAUGGUAAUGAUAGAAACACAAAUAAAUCUUAGUCUUUAAUUUUAGAGUCAUUUUUCUCUUAUAAACUUUAGCCAACUAAAAUGGUACAUAAAACUAGUUGCCGUCAGUCGACUAGGCUUGCUACAUUUUUUUCUUUUUGUUAACCGGUUGUUAUAAAUUCUUGUUAGCGGGCCUAUAUAAAUACAUCAUCGUUGAUCUAAAAAAACAAUGGGUCGCCGUCAUGCCUCCGCCACCGAUGAUGAAGACGAACGUGGAAAAAAGGAAGUUCGAGAAGCUCUAAUCCAUGUACUCAUAAAGCUCAUCAUAUUCACUCUCAGCCUCGUCAUAGCAGUCCUCUUCACAUUAUAUUUUAGUUUUUUAUAUAUCUAAAAGAACAUAAAAAAUGCUUUGCCCAAACGGCCAAGCUCAUAUCCACUUAAGUUUUUUUUGUUCUCACAUAGCUGUUAUUUAAUCUUAUGCUUAAUGAAAACUGGAUUAACCAAUAACAAAUGACAAUUACUCAAGCAAAAUUCAUUGUAAGAUCACAAACUGGAUUGUGCAUUCGGGUCCCAAUCGGGUUUUGGUUUAGUCUAGUCGGGUUUUGAUUUUUCGGGUUUAUUAAAAUCAACUUCAUUCGGGUUAUAUGAAAAUUUGGUUCGGGACCGGUUCGGGUUUUAUCAGGUUCGGGUUGGGAUUAGUAAAUCUUCAAAGAACCGGUACAACCCGAUGUACUUUCGGGUUUGGGUCUCAAUCGUUUCAUCGGUUUAAUGUACCUGAUUUAUAUCUACUUUAUAACCAAAAAGUAAGUAAAAUCGGUUCUUUGGUUUUAAAAUACUUGAUUUAUACCUAUUUUGUAACCAAAACAUAAAUAAAAUCGGUUCAAAAAAAAAAGAAAGAAACAUCAAA